AUGGGAGGUGGAGCGUGGACGUUUGAGGCUGAGUGUAAAGGGUAUUCUGGGAGUGAUCUGAAGCGGGUGCUGUCCUUCCCGCCAUACCCGGGGGACUACCUGCACCCGGUGGUGUACGCCUGCACCGCCGUCAUGCUGCUGUGCAUGCUGGUCUCCAUUUUCACCUACAUCGUCCACUACAGGGUGAUACGCAUCAGUGGGAACGGGUGGCACAUCCUCCUCAACUUCCUGUUCCACACGGCAGUGACGUUCAGCGUGUUUGCGGGAGGCAUCAACCAGAUCAAAUAUCCUGUCGCCUGUCAAGUGGUGGGUGUAAUUCUGCACUACUCCUCGCUCUCCACAAUGAUGUGGCUAAUGUUUACCGCCCGCAAUCUGUGCCGAGAGGUGUCAAAAGCCCCCCCUCCUCCCCAGGAGAGAGACCCACCCCCUCAGCAACGAUCCAAACCCACAGUACUCAUAUUUUAUUUGGUGAGUGUUGGGGUCCCUUCGAUUAUCGUGGGGGUCACCGCUGCAGUUAGCCUUGACAACUACGGGAGCAGAGACGACGAGCCCUACUGUUGGAUGGCCUGGGAGCCCAGUCUGGGCGGCUUCUACGGCCCCACCGCCUUCCUGGUGCUGGUGAUCUGCAUCUACUUCCUGGUCACCUACGUGCAGCUGAAGCGCCACCCGGAGCGCAAGUACGAGCUGAAGGCCAUGACGGAGGAGCAGCAGCGGCUGGCCACUGCCGAGAUGGGCCACCACGACCCCUCAGCUGGAGAGCCAGGCAUGGAGGGGGGAACCCUCCACCACCAUCACCAUCACCAUCACCACCACCACCACCACCACCCAGGCUGCUCAGCCAUCACCGCCUCCAUGCUGGCCAACGAGCACUCCUUCAAGGCCCAACUCCGCGCCACGGCCUUCACCCUCUUCCUCUUCCUGGCCACGUGGGCGUUUGGUGCCCUGGCCGUCUCGCAGGGCCACUUCCUGGACAUGAUCUUUAGCUGCCUGUAUGGUGCCUUCUCCGUCACGCUGGGCCUGUUCCUGCUCAUCCAGCACUGCGCCAAGCGCGACGAUGUCUGGCACCGCUGGUGGGCCUGCUGCCCGUCCUCCAAGCCCAAGAUGAACGUCAACGGGGAUGCGGCGGCGGGCGCAGCAGCCAACAUGAUUCAGAUCACCCAGAACCACCAGAACCACAGCCACUCACCCCAGACCCAGAUCCACUGCCACAUGGACUCGCCCUGCCCGGGAAAGCCCCUGCUGUCCCCACACCUUCACCCGUCCUCCAGCCACUGCAAGCUGAGCCCGCUCCCUGUGGGGCCCCCCACGCAGAACCACGUGGGCCCCUGCUGCGUGGCGCUGCACGGCUCCGCGGGAGUCUCGCCACUCCUGGAGCGCUCGCCGCGGCCGCAGUCGCUGCCGGAUGAGCUGCCGCGCCCCGCGCUGCCCCUGCAGAGCUGCCUGAAAGACAGGACUAAGUCGCGCUCGUUCAACCGGCCGCGGCCCUCGCUCCGCGACUACGCCUACCACAUGGCCUCCACCAGCCUGGACGGCAGCGUGCACAGCGCAGCGGGCGGCUCGCACCUGCUGGACAGCCCGCACAGCGCUGCGUACCUGGAGCUGCACGCCGGUUCGCACCGCGACAGCCAGCUCAGCUGCCACAGCCCGCACCCAGACAACCAGCUGCGCUGCUGCAGCCCCAGCCCCAGCACGCUGCUGGAGCCCCACCUGGCCACCUGCCACGGCAGCCUGCAUGAGGGCCUCUCCUCCUGCCACUCGUCCUGCCUGGACAGCCAGUUGGCGUGCCUGGACAGCCUCAGCCAGCAGGCCACGCAUGUGUGUCACCGCCACGCCUGCUGCGCCAAGGCCGAUUCGUUCGGCGGCGUGUGCUGCGCCGGGAGCGACCCGUUCGGCCCCUUGGGCGCCUGCCAGCCCGAGGAACUAGAAGAGCUGGGGCCUCCGACCUCCUCGUCGAUGUACGGGGGCCCCAAGAUGUCCGAGAAGGAGGAGGAUGCCACGGCGGCGGCGGCGGCAGCCCUGGUCCACAUGGAUAUGCCCCCACAGCGGGCCACGCUCUCCUGCCCACAGGGCGUGGCCACGCUCAGCCGCAAAGGGACGCUGAGCCGCAGGAGCACGCUCAGCCGCAACGGCAGCCUCCACGAGGACUACAUGUUUGGCUCGGAUGCCACAGGAAACAUAAGGACUGGGCCCUGGAAGAACGAAACCACUGUGUAGAACCACCCCUUCCCCCACUGUCCAGUCCCUCUGAGGCUGGAACUGCUACCCCAGACGCCCAUCCCCGUCCUAAAACCAAACUACUGUGUAGUCCCAGGGCUGUCAGUGAGACGUCUCUCUCCCCCCUCCUGAACUGAACUACUGUGUAGUGCGUUUUCCCUGUGAUUCUCCUCCCUCUGUUUCAGUGUCGCCUCACCUCCAUUCUCUUGUCACUCAUUCUCUGUGGCUUUGCGUGGGCCUGAGCCUCUCGAAACUUAUAAAAUAUGCUUUUGUACAUUCCCUUUUUUCGCAGAUUUCAGUUUUCUUUUACCUGGAUGGUAUGUACAUUUAACGUCAUGUGUUUUUUCCAACCUGUUUACACAUAUACAUAAAUGAUAAGGUUCUUGUUUAGAUUUUUUUGUUGUUGUUGAUUUUCUUUUUUUGGCAAUCAAGAGGCCAUGCACAUGCAGAAAAUGUCCAUGUUUAAUUUGUAAUAUUUUUAUAGUCAGGUAAAAAAUGCAAAGGAUUUUUGUACAAGUGUGAAUGUGUGACUUUGUGAGCUGGCCAGAGAUACAUAUGUGCAAUCAUUUGUGUGUAUUUGUGUGUGUGUGUGUGUGUGUGUGUGUGUGUGUGUGUGUGUGUGUGUGUGUGUGUUAAUGAGUAUAUGUAGUUUGCGUGUGUAUAUACAUACAUAUACGUGCAUGUGUUACAUGCGUGUUUUUACCCAUACGUUUCUCACAAGAGCUCCUUUCAGAACAAUGAGACGUAUUCCUUUGUGAUUCCUCACGUAAAUACGGCAUUUAACAAAAGCUUCAUCCCUCAUUUAUGUUUCAUACGUCUGAGGAAGAUCUACAACAAUUAUCACCGCACCAGCACUAGUGAAUAUUUCAUGUGUUUUCACAAUCAGAACAAGUAUUGAAAUUGCCUGCUAUUUAACUGUGGGUGUGAAACAAAGUGUUAAUAUUGAAAAGAGAUAGCACUCACAAAUACCUCUGACACGACUCUCUCUUUAGUACCUCUGGUACGCAAGAUGGCCAGCUUUGCGUGUCUGUGUGAUCUCUUUCUUGUCCACAUGCUUUCUCUCCAAGACCUAAAUUUGCUCAUUUCAGGAAAACACGAGCGCACAUUCAAAGAAAAACAUCAACACACCCCGGAUGUUCCUGUUUUGUUGAUGGAUGUUUUCCGAGAAGGAGAAUAAGCAUGCAUUACUUCAUCUCCCAAAACACUGCAAAUGUUUUCCCCCUUCUUUUUUUACAAGCUAUUCAAGGACACUGCCUCCUGACACGGCAUGCAGAGCUACGUGUAUGACUAUUUGUCUUUAGGUUCACUUGAUGGAUCGGCCAUUUGUUUGGUUUUGUCACAUAUAUUGGUGAUUGGUUUUCAUAAAUCAUUGUCAACCUUAUUUUUUUCCUGUCUCUCUCUCUCUCUCUCUCCUGUGUCGGUGCAAAUGGAUUAAACAGACAAUAUUUUUGGGCAAAUUCUAUCAAUGAAAACCUGUGAGCCUUUUUGAAUGAAUUAUAAAUGUUCCUGACUUAAUCCCUCUAAAGGUGAGAUACACUGUCGAACAGGGAUCAAAGAAAGCCAUAUCAUGCAAUGUGCUGAUAGAGUACACACGGGGCGGACUUUGGCAUGGACCACAACAAAAAGGGUAGGGUUGUUAGCAGUGAUUAAUAGAUGAUCAUGAUCCCAACCUGUGGUCCAGUCUUGCUUGUGGGGUCAUAUACAUGUGUUAUCCUGAAAGACACCACUUAAACACUGCCUCAAUUUAUUGAAAAGAAAACCUCACCUAAUCCAGAUUAGAAAUGAAGCAGUCCUCUUGAGAGUUAGUUUUCUUUUUAAUUGUAAUUGUGAGCUCAGGGACCAUUUGUUCAUUCACCAGUUAUAGAGCAUAGGGCUUUUUUCUGUAGUCUGUAAACAUUAUGAAAGACUUAUUGUAGUUCUCUACUUUUCACUAUCAUCGGUUACAUUUAGAGAUUUGUGGCAAGGUGAAGGCCAAAGUGUGAGAAGUGAACCCAGCCUGCAGUCCCACAAUGCACCUGUGUCAGCAUCCCAAGGGCUUUGGCUCAGUUCAGCAUUCUUACAGCCCAUGUUGUUUCACAUAGACAAAAAGAGGAUCCUUGCAAGUCUCUUUCCAAGAAGAGCCCUUGAAGAAGAAGCCUGUGAGAUAGGCAGCCCUGUGGCCUCAGCAUUCAGCCUCUGAGCAGAACCUCUUUUUUUGAGCUCUUCUUUGGGGGACGAGCCCAAGGACCUUUUCAUUUAACGGGAUUGUAAGCUCCUGUAUCACACAGUGCCACCACUUCUCUCACGUCUUCUGUGGACACAACGGUGUUCUCCAUGCCUUUCGUGUCUAUCUUGGUUCUAGUGUUCUCUCGAUCGUGUAAGGCGAUCGAUGUGCCUCUCCACAUGUCUCUGUGCAAUACUGCCCUACUCUCUAUUCCUCGAUGGUGUCUGCCAGGGGCCCUAUGACCUAACCCACACUAUUUUACCCCCUCCCUCUAUUUAUGUCAUAAUUCUUUUUUUCUAAUUUGCCACAAUUUCCAAAUAAAUGUCUUUGAUCACCAUG